AUGUCCUUGAAAGGCAAACCUCUUCAGCUUGUUGUUAUUAGUGACAUUGGCUAUUUCGGAGCUGAUGCGUUCUUGAAUCCCGACCAGUAUAGAGGCAAGAGAAUUUCUCUGGCGGGUGAUGAACUGACCUUCGAUCAAAUGGAGGAAAUCUUCUCCCGUCAAUUAGGGAAAGAUUUGCCUCUGACCUUCAGACCAAUCUGCUCUUUCUUCAUGGCUGCCAUGAAGGAUAUGGGUUAUAUGUUCAAAUUGUUCCACGAUGAGGGCUACGGGGCUGAUAUCAAAAGACUGCGCGAGGUCAAUCCCUCGAUGAAAAACUUUCAGACUUGGCUUAGAGAAGAAAGCGCAUUUUUGAAGUAA